GUUACCUGUGAUCUUUUAGCCCUGUUUUGUUGUUGUUUCUCCGUUUUUUCAAGUAAAAUUCCCACUUACAAGAAAAAGACAGUUGCAUCUAGGUGCAUCCAGGCCUAUGGAGCGAUCUAAGGGCACUUGUGGCUUCUGCCUUUCAGCUACACUGGAUGAAGCUGAAUCCUGAACUGGAGAUCUCAUGUUUUGUGCUAAACAUUUAUCAACAAGGGGCUGAUAGUUUCUAGAUUGCAAUGCUUAUUACCAAUGUUCAAAUCCUGUUAUUUGUGCUUCAAAUUCUACAAUUUAAGAUGUGUCAGUAUACAUGAAGUGUAAUAUUUAAUCAGAAAAUGGAAUUGUAGUGUUCCAUGAUUGUUAAUGGUUUGAAUUCCAUUUCAUCUCCUCUUAGCCCUUUUGGUCUGUUGAUAGCAAUGAGAAAGCUUGAGAAGGUUCGUCAGAAGGCGAAUUCCAUUUCAGAUCAGACUGAUAUAUCUGAUCUGUCAAAGGGGAAGAUGAUUGAUCGGCUUUAUAAGAAGGCGGUUCCGAAGAAGCCUCAAAGGGAGUAUGUGGUUGCCAAGAAGGGGGUCCAAGUGAAGGGUGGAAAAGGGAAGGUGGUGGUUGACAGGCAGAUGAAGAAAGAUGCAAGGUCCUGUGAAAUGGGCAAGCCAGGGAAAGGUGGCUUGAAGAAGGGAAAGAAUGCGAAAGGGAAAUUGGCCAAGGGCCAAAAAGGAGGCAAAGGGGCUGCAAAAGCAUCAGCGAAGAAAGGAAAGAAAAACAAGAUGAACAUAGGUGACUGACCUGCAUCUCAGUUAUGCUACUUGUCAUCUCUCCCCACUGAAGUACAAAGUAGCCACAACAAGCAGGUUUUUCAAUUAUUCAUUUCUUUUGCCUUGCUUGUUGAUUAUUUAAACUUAGACAAGGUUGCUGUUUGACGAGUUCUAUAUCAGGUUAAAAAUCUUUCCAGAUUUUCUUUGAUAAAUGCCAAUUUUGAAUAGAUUCCACCCACUGUGGCAAUGAAAAAGUACCAGACAUACAGGGUCUCUCGCCCCACUCCUUGGCCAAGCAAUCUGCUGAGUUGGCCUCUACUGGAACUAAAUUGAAAGAAAUCCGAAGUGAAGACAAAAUUUACAGUGAAUUGCCUCCUCCAGACCUGGAUGCUCACGUUAAUGCCCUUCUCUGUGGAUUUUAUGAUACUAUAGAAUUUAUGGUGUCUCAGGAAUAUGUUGGUGUUUGUUGUACUUUGACAGUUGUUGAAUACUUUGGAUAACUUUCCAGUAAAAUUCAUUUCAUUUCC